AUGGUCUCCGUUCAAUCGAAUGUGGACUGGCAGUCGACAAAGAACACCAUCUUGGAAAGAAACCGUCAUAUGUUCAACAAUUCAGACAUGAGUGAUAUCAGCUUCACUUGGGCAGGUUCAGACAAGACAUUCUAUGCACAUAAAUAUGUUUUGGGCACAAGUAGCGCCGUAUUUCAUGCCAUGUUUUAUGGCGGCUUAGCUGUAAAAAAUUCCAUUGUUCAUUUGUCUGAUACAAACGAGGAAAGUUUGGAACAGUUUCUGAGAUUUCUUUACACGGAGGAAUGUACAUUGACCGCAGACAAUGUUGUUGCCAUCAUGUACCUGGCACAAAAGUACAUAAUUCCUUUGCUCAAUAAGAAAUGUGUUAAUUUCCUGCUGGAAAAUUUAAACCUUGAGAACGUGCUGGACGUUUUGGAGCAAGCGGUUCGUUUUGAUGAAAAAGAAUUAGAAACACGAUGUUGGAAUGUUAUAGAGUACAACACACGCAAAGUAGUAGCCUCUGAUAGUUUCAAUAACAUCAGUCAAAAGACCUUGGCCAAAUUACUGAUGCGAGACAAAUUGAAUAUCCCAGAAGUAGAACUUUUUCAAGCUGUUUUGCAAUGGAUUGAUUUCCAAUGCUCGCGUAAGAAUUUGGAACCAACAGGCGAGAACCGAAGGUGUAUUAUUAGCAAGGCUAUCUAUGCGUUUCGAUUUUUUGGCAUCACCCAGGCAGAGUUUAUUCAAAAUGUUUCUAAAUCUGGUUUGCUUACUGUAGAAGAGAUGAUUCCUAUUCACGAGAAAUUUCUUGGAAUUGAUUCGCCUGCAUUGAAAUGGAAGCUACCGAACAGGAAACCAGGAAAUAUCGACAGGUUUUCAAGAUUUUCUAGAAAGGCAAAGGAUCCUCUGAACACGUGGGGAUAUCAUGGCACGCCAGAUUGCCUCUGUUUUUCUGUUAAUCAAGAGGUGUCCUUGCUUGGUGUUCGUUCGGUUUGGAGACCAAGAUGAGAGUAAGUACCAGGUCACUUUGGAAGUCAAAGAAGCCAAAGUAACCGGAAGUUAUAUCUCUGAACGCAAUCAAGACGACAUUCCUGGUUUUGAUGUAAUGUUAAACGAACCCGUUAUCCUGAAGCAGAACGAAGUUGUUACUCUUUCUGCAACAAUAAAAGGGCCUAGAUCGUAUUAUGGUAAAAAUGGAUCACCUUCAGUUAUACUCGAGGGGGUCACUGCGACAUUUGGUGACUCUCCGUCCACAAACAAUGGAACUUGUCCAGAUCGUGGACAAUUUGAUGAAAUAAUACUUGACAUUUGA